GUAGCUCGCGCCACCUAGCGCGUUGUUUGCUUGUUUCGUGGGAAGUUUUGUUUUCACCAGCGUGCGUGUGUUUUUGUGAGUAAUUGAGUAAUAAUCGACUAUGCGUAUUUGCGUGUGCCUGGAAUCGAAGCUGCGGACGCCUGCCAUGUGAACGGAGGAGCUAAACAAUGUGGUGUGCCAGCGAUCAACAUCCACCGAGGUUGUUUCGAUCUAGACGGUAAUGCAAGAUGAAUUCUGAAGACCAGGCUCGCCUCAAAGGCUUGCUCAUUUCAGGCAAAAAGAGAUCGGCUCCUACAGCGAGUGCUCCUGAUGUCAAGAAGCCAAAGCUUGCAAAGGAGGGUGGAGACCGGUUCUGCUGGAUCUGCCACAGGGAGCCGUCGACGCUGUGGUGCGACACCUGCCCGCGCAGCUACCAUGCCUCCUGCGUCAACCUCAAGGUCAAAAGCCUCAGCGAGUGGGUCUGCCCCGAGUGCGUGCGUGUCAUGGCCGCCGAGAACGUGGACACGCGCUCUCCCGCUCUCGCCCUCCUCACGGUGGACGAGUUCUGCAGCCUGCUUCAGUUUGCCAUACAAAGGCUCAAGCAGCACACGCACGAAGCAUUCUUAAAGCCUGUCUGCACAAAGACGUACACCGCAUACACGGAUUAUGUCAGUCACCCAUUUGACCUGAGCAUACUUGAAAAGAAUGUGAGGUGGAAACACUAUGGCUGUACAGAGGCCUUCCUCAGCGACGCCCGAUGGAUUUAUCACAACUGUAUUAUAUUUAACGGAUAUACCCAUAAGCUUUCCAUGAGUGCCAAGGUGCUGAUGAAGGUGUGUAAGCAGGAGAUGGAAGACAUUGAGGUCUGCCCAGACUGCUACAGGAAUGCCAAUACUCAAGAGUCGUGGUUCACAGAACCGUGUAGAAAACCUCACCUCCUGGUUUGGGCGAAAUUGAAAGGAUUUCCCUAUUGGCCUGCGAAGGCAAUGCGCCUCCAAGAUGGCAAUGUGGAUGCCAGGUUUUUCGGUGCCCAUGAUAGGGCUUGGGUCCCCAUGGCCCAGUGCUUUCUGCUCUCCAAGGAGUCCCCGACGGACAUCAAGAAUCGCAAGAAGGGCCUCCACAAUGCCGUUGAGGAGCUGGAAAUCUACGUCCGGAAGUACCGCGAGAAGUUUGGCGAGUAUCGCUACAGCGCGCUCCGGACGCCACUGACAGCUGAAGAUUUUCAGUGCUCUCAGGCAUCGCCCCCGCCAAUGAAACAGCAGCAGCAGCAGGAGGAUCAACAGAAGGAGAAGGAGAGUGAAACAUCAAGCAAGUCUCCGAAAAUGGCAGAGGACAGUGAGCUUAGUUCAGCUCCAUCAUUGGAUCCGCUUGAGAAGGACGCGCAGAGCGACACGAGCAGCUCGUUGAAGGACAAGUCCACUGCUGGUUCGACGAGGGACUCGCUGAGUGGCACGCCAAACUCGUCAAAGUACAAGUCCAUGACCAGUUCGGCGAGUUCAACUCCCACGAGAGCGGAUUUCAAGAAGGAGAUCGAGCUCAUCACGCCGCUGCCAACAUGCAAGAAGGAGGCGUCUCUGUUGAAAGAAGAGAAGGGGGCACUACCGCCGCUUCCUGAUGGUGCGCCACAGGGGAUCUUCGAGGUCAGUUCCGAGCUGCCUGGAGAACUGCAAAUGAAAGUCUCCAAAGAGGACAUGGAAGACAUUCCGAAGAAGCUCAAUCGCAAAUUCGAAAUCUUGAACAGUGCAGUGAAGAAGAUCGAGCGCUCCAUCAGCACCGACGGCAGUGUUUCUACGCCGGUUGCCGAAGACGAGAACAGCACUGUCGACAGAAGCGUGGCUUCGGCAACCGGCGGCAUCCCAAAGAGCGGUCAGAGCCCGUCGUCGUGCGAGGUCUCGAGCACGACCGUGACGACAGACCAGGGUGAGGUGCCGUCCAGCCAGUUUGCCGCGAAAGAGGCGCCCUCCGCCGAAGAGCAGCCUUUAGCUCCGGCCGACGAUUUCCAAGAGAAGCUUAAAAAGACCAUCCUCUCCUGCAAGGAGAAGGUUGGAGGCACUACCACACUUCUAGAGGAGCCUGCUGAAGAGGAAGAAGAGAUGGAGGAAGAGGAGGAAGAAGUGGAUGAGGAGGCAGACGACGAGGAAGACGAAGAGGAGGAAGAAGCAGUGGCAGAAGAAGAGGCCGUGGAUACCAGGCAACCCAAGGAGAAGAGCGCUGACGAUGCUUCACCACAAGAGCCUCAGCAGGCAGAGAAGGACGUGGCCGAGCCUGAUGGCAGACAGUCACCACAGAAGCCACCAAAAGCCACCGCUACCGCGGAGGAAAAAUCGAAAGUUGCGGAGGAGGCGGAAAAACCUGCUCCAUCCGUGGACACGGCAGACGAGGAAGAUGGGACUGCGAAAGUGUCGAAAACGGUAGGACGUGCCAAGAUGAAAUUCACGACCAAACGAGGUGACGUGGACACUCCAUCAUCGCAGCCCCCAUCCAGUGGAACUGCCACGCCAACUGAGGAGUCGUGUACAGAGCAGGCACCCGACAUUGUACAGAAAGCUGCAGAUAGGAUUAAACGCAUCAGGCAAGAAUGCAAGGAAGAGAUGUUGGAAUACCACCACAUCCUUGCACUGACACUAAAGGAAAUGAGAAUAUGCUUGGAUCUCGAGCAUAAGAAAACAAAAGCAUCUCUUACUGAGAAGCAUGCAGUAGACAUGGCUGCUGCUAUAUCGGAAACAAAGCGAAAACAGUGGUGUGCCAACUGCUGGAAAGAAGCAGUGUUGUACUGUUGUUGGAACACCUGCUAUUGUGACUACCCCUGCCAGCAAGCUCACUGGCCGAAGCACAUAGCAAGCUGCACCCAGGCUAAUAAUGCAAACCAGCAAGCUAUCGUGAACAAUGGUCCUGCCCACGGUGAGAUCACUCUCACUGCCACCAAAGGGACCACUUCCAUACUGAUGCCCGCUGGCGGCUUCCCAGCCUCCACACAUACUAUGGGAGGCCUUCCGUUUGACCCCGUUGAAUAAACGU